GUGACGUGUCUGGGAGCGGUCGGUGAGGCUCAGCUGUAACGGGACUGUUACCGAGGAUGAAUAUGAAGAUGAUCGUGCUCCUCUUACUCAUUUCCCAGCAUGCCUCAGGGGUGGAGGUGUAUGAGGGGGCGGAGUCUGUCCUGCUGCCCUGUCGGGUACAAACUGAUGUUUCCAGGAGCUCCAUAGCAGCAGUGUGGGACCGUGAUGGGCUGAGUGACAAAAAAGUUCACCUGCGUACGCAGAAAAGUGACGAUCUUGAUGAGGGUGAUGAUCUUAGUGGUCAGAGUGAUCUUUACCAAAAUCGAACAUCAAUGAGAGUCGAUGCUCUGCAGACUGGAGACCUCAGCCUCACUCUGAAGAACCCCACAGUCUCUGACAGUGGAACCUACACCUGCAUCUACCGUAAAGAAGGACAAGAUCAGAACCGGACUGAAGUACAGCUGAAAGUCACACAACCUCCUCCUCCUCCAGUCUGGCCCAAAGUACUCUCAGCUGUGCUGGUUACUCUGAUCAUUCUGGCUGCUGCCUUUGGUCUGUUUAUGUGCUGUGCAUAUAAAAGGAUGAAGGACAGAGAAGCUCUGCUGCCAGAGGUGGUGGAGGUGCCACAGGGGGAGAAGUCUGCCCUGCUGCCCUUUAAGACCACAGCUGACCUUCCUCAGGAUGUCACAGUGGAGUGGAGAGACUCCAAUAACAUGAAGGUCCACGUGUAUGAGAGUGGAAAACAUCAGCCAGAUAAACAGGACCAGGGUUACAGAGGUCGCACAGAGAUGAAUGAAGAUCCACUGAGAACUAAAGACUUCAGUCUGACCCUGAAACACCUCCGCCCUACUGACAGUGGAGUCUACACCUGCACCGUCUACCACAAGGAUGAACACAUGCUGCUCCAGAAAGUAGUGACUGUCAUUGUCAGAGUUCCUUCGCCAGAGUUGGUGAAUGUGACAGAUGCAGACAAGUCUGUCCUGCUGCCCUUUAAAACCACGGCCGACCUUUGUCAGGACGUCACAGUGGAGUGGAGACUCACUGAACUUGAAGAGAGGACGGUCCACGUGUAUGAGAGUGAAAACAAUCAGCCAGAUAAACAGGACCAGGAUUACAGAGGUCGCACUGAGAUGAACAAAGACCCACUGAACACUAAAGACCUCAGUCUGACCCUGAAAGACCUCCACCUCACUGACAGUGGAGUCUACACCUGCACCGUCUACAACAAGGGUGGACACAUGCUGCUACAGAAAUCAGUGACUCUCAGUGUCAGAGAGAGUGUGCCAGACAUUGUGCACGUGCAGAUGCAGGUGCAACAAGGAGAGGUGUCUGUCCAGCUGCCCUUUAAAACCACAGCUGACCUUCCUCAGGACGUCACAGUGGAGUGGACACUCACUGAACCCACAGAGAGGAAGGUCCACGUGUAUGAGAGUGGAAACAAUCAGCCAGAUAAACAGGACCAGGAUUACCGAGGUCGCACAGAGAUGGAUGAAGAUCGACUGAGAAAUAAAGACUUCAGCCUGACCCUGAAAAAGCCCCACCUCACUGACAGUGGAGUCUACACCUGCACCGUCUACAACAAGGAUGGACACAUGCUGACACAGAAAUCAGUGACUCUCAGUGUCACAGACACUGUGAGCAUGAUUGGGACAGUGUAUGGAAACAAGUCUUAUUUGCUACAAUUUAAAAAUACAGAUAAACUUGAUCAGAUUUCCAAAGUGAAGUGGGAACGUAUACACCCCAAAUACAAGUUCAUAAAGGAAAUAACACGCAAUCAGGGAAAUGAGAAAGACCUCAGUCUGAACCUGAAAGACCUCCACCUCACUGACAGUGGAAUCUACACCUGCACCGCCUACAGAGGAAAUGGAGACAUCCUGCUAAGGCAAUUGGUGACAUUCAGUGUCAGAGACUUCCAGCUGGAGAAAGUGGAGGUGAUAGAGGGGGAGGAGUCUGUCCUGCUGCCCUUUAAAACCACAGCUGACCUUCAUCAUGUUCUCAGAGUGUACUGGACUGUCUCUGAACCCAAACACAUGACGAUCCACUACUUUGAUGUGACUAAAAACAACCAGUCAGGUUUACAGGACCAGGCUUACAUCGGUCGCACAGAGAUGAAUAAAGAUCCACUGAGAACUGGAGACCUCAGUCUGACCCUGAAACACCUCCACCUCACUGACAGUCGUAGCUACACCUGCAUGGUCUUCAACAAGGACGGACGCAUCCUGCUACAGAAAGUAGUGAUUCUCAGAGUCAGAGCAACAUUAAAAGGAACCAUAGAAGACAUGCUUCCAUGUCUCAGGAAGAGGACGGCACCAAAUGCAGAGGUCAAAGAGGGACUGAGGAACAGGAACCAUGAAGACCUUCCUCUGAUGGAGGUUCAUUCAGUUUGAUGGUCACAGAGGAGGAGAAGCUGGUGAUGGAGAGCAGCCUGUAUACAGUAUCUGUUGUGUAUUCAGUAGUGGUGCAACGGAUCAAAAAUUUCACGGUUCGGAUCGGAUCAAUUUUUGGGUCAGGAAAAAUAGAAAAAGACAAAAAUUCGACUCGCCGUUUACUUAUUUAAGUAUUUUUUAUCUAUUAAAAAAACAUUCAAGUGAAGACUGAUUCCACGCACUUAUAUAAAAACAAAUUAAGGUGCAAUAUGGACAUUAUGGACCAUGCUGGGCAGCCUCUGCAUCCUCUGCACACGGCCAUAAACAACCAGAAGAGUCUGUUCAGUGACAAGUUGCUUCUCCCAAAGUCAAGGACCAGCAGACUUAAAAAGUCCUUUGUCCCACACGCCAUCAAACUGUUUAACUCCUCGCUGGAGGGGAAACGGGGACAGAGGAGGGGGGAACAAGUAGCUGUAGCGCCUUUUCACUGUGCAAUAGUUUUUGUUAAUAUCCAACGGUGUAAUAGACUCACAAUACUUGAGGUGUGCCGUUCCCUUGUAUUCUUAUUCCUUCUUAUUCUAUUUAUCCCUUUUGUAUUCUCUGUAUUUAUAAAUGUGUAUAUUUGGUAUAUUUCUGCUCACAUUCUGCAACUUCUGUGGGUGCUGUGCUACUGGAAACUGAAUUUCGCGGAGGAACCCACCCGAGGGAUAAAUGAAGUUUCAGCUAAUCUAAUGUAAUCUAUAGGGCAGUGCAGGGCUUUGUAUCUACCACUCCGCUGUGAUAUAACGAGCGGUCAUGGUCACGUGGCUUUCCGUAGCGCUGGAGGUCCACCCAUUUGUAGUUAGAGCAACAGAAGAUGCCUGGGACAGUUCAGCCAUAACUUUAAACUUCUCCUGCUCAU